UCUGCAACCAUCACGUGCUUUCCUCUCUUCUCUUCCCUCUCAUCCUCUUCAUUAUCUCUUUUGUUCCCAACCUUCAAAUCUUAUCCAAUCUUUUGGUCGUUACAAACUAGCAUAGUAGUUUUGUUCGUUGGUUGACAAAGAAAGCUACCUUCCCUGAUUAGUGACAUGGAGAACAACAAAAAGAAAGUUGGAGGAGGUUCUUCCUCAUCAUCGUCAUCAUCACUCACCAACUUUGAUCACCUUUUUGGUCCCAAGGACCCCUCCACCACCUCAUCUUCAUCCACCAGCAUCUUUGGCUCCAUUUUCCCGCCUCCUUCCACUGUUGAAGGGAGAGAUUCAAGAAAACAGGACAUGGGAUGCAAAAAUUAUGGAGCACCAGGAAAUUACAGUAACAAAGGUGAAAGCAGCGGUGGCUCACACAAGAAUACUAGUAGUACCAAUUAUCAGAAUGAGACAGUAGUGGAGCCCAGCUACUACAGUUCAUCAAUCUAUUAUGGUGGUCAAGAAAAUUAUUCCCCAAGAACUAGGACCACUGAAUCCCACCAUGUUUUUAAGAAAGAUAAUAAGGACGAUGAUGAUCCAAAUGAUAAUGAUUCAAACAGUGCUUCAAGAGGGAACUGGUGGCAAGGUUCUCUUUAUUAUUAACUGUAUGCCAAAGUAUUCAAACUCCCCAUCCUGUAGGUCAGGAUGAUAUGAUCGACCACGUACGUUGUAUGCAGUAUUAAUAUGGAAAUAAGACAUGGUAGCGGACACUAGUACUCUUCAGCAUGUGUUGGGUUCUUUUUGUCUCAGCUUGCUCAUAUAUAAUUAAGUUAACAAGUAAUACUAUAGAAGUCAACCCUCAGUAGUAGCUUCAAGCCAUAUAAUUACUCUGUAUUUAUUUCAUACAGAAAGUUUCGUGUGAGUAACUGAUUUUUAGAAGUGUUCUAGAAACAUGUGAUCAUGUUAUAUGUACUUUGCAGUUUCUCUUUCUAUCAGCUGUAACUUGUAGCAUAUUAUGACUUAAUUAUAAAUAAGAGUUAUAUAUUAUUAAGAUUAA